AUGUACACAGCGCGCGACGCGCGCAAGUUGAAGAUUUUCAGCGCGCACGUCCGCGACCACUUGGAUGGCAAGUUGCCGAGAAAGAACGAUGUGGCCACACUCGCGCGAUGGGACCAUGAAGAUGAUGGGGAAAGAGACGGCGUUCAGGUUGGACAGUUUUGGUACAACUUAAACCGCUCAACGGACAAAGAGCGACUGAAGCGUUUGAGAAACUUCGAUGACGCGUCGAAGCAUGCGCUCGAGUACCUCGAGACGUGUGAACUAAGAAAAGCCAAGGCACGAGGCCGAAAGGCUAAAUAA